AUGCCGCUCUGUCUCACCUUCAUCGAUUUGAAGAAGGCCUUUGACUCAGUUGAGACGGAAGCGGUUGUUGAAGCCUUGGAUAACCAAGGCGUCCCUACUCAUAAAGCAUCGGUCUUCGACCUGACCCCCGAGCUGGGCAGGAGGAGACGAGUGGCUUUGGGAGCGUAUAAGAGCAUCGAGGAUGUAGUGAAGAAGACCAGGAACACCCGGCUCCGUGCUCACCUCUUCAACACCACCGUACUUCUUGCUUCGGAAACCUGGGCAUUUCGCAAGCAGGAAGAAAACGUGAGCGUCAUUGAACGCGAAGUUGAGAGAAUGAUGCUAGGAGUACCCCGUUUUACGCAAGUGAGGGAUGGGAUUCGAAGUUCUCUCCUACGUCAGCGAUCGAAGAUUAGAGACGCCGCCGCGUUUGCCAAGGAAAGUAAAAUAAGGUGGGCCGGACACGUGAUGUGUUUUAACGGCAACCGUUGGACCAGAGCCGUGAGCGACUGGGUUCCACGCUAUAUUAAGCGCACUACAGGAAGACCGCCGACCCGAUGCUCAGAUUUCUUCACGAAGUCCUUCAAAGAAAAUUAUGAUGCUCUUCGUGUCCCACGCGAAAGAAGGAACCAGUGGGCUAUUCUGGCACGCGAUCGGGACAGAUAG